AUGAAGACCCACUUGAAUUGGUUUGAGUUCUCAGAAGAGUGCAAAAUCAGAUUUGGACCCCCGAUGAGCAUGAACCCGUUAGGCGAGUUAACUCGAUUAAGGCAAACAGGUACAGUAGAGGAUUAUUGUGAAGGCUUUGAGUUGCUGUUAGGGCGAACGACGGGUGUGACUCCGGAGCAAAGCAUUUGGCAUUUUUGUGCAGGUUUGACUAAUGCUAUCCGUUAUGAAGUAGAGUUUGCUAGACCCAUCACACUAUACUAUGCUAUGAGCCUGUCCAGACAGAUUGAGUUCAAACUUGCGGAGGAGGGACAACCAAGGAGUUUUGAAGAGCCUCUAUUAGCUGGGAAUCAACCCUCGACAGGAAGCAAAAACCAAGAAUCAACAGGUGGUGGAGCCGGAACAGUGAAAUCUGAAGUGCGGAACCCGGCUUUGAAACGACUUACAGCUACAGAGAUGGCAGAAAGGCGAGCAAAAGGAUUAUGCUUUAACUGUGAUGAGAUGUUCUCGAUUGGCCAUAAGUGUGCGAAACUAUUUGGUAUCAUGUUGGAGGAUGAAGAAGAUGUUACUUGGGAUGAUCGUGCUGUUUUUACCAACACGUACCCAUGUUUUGAGCUUGCGGACAAGCUCAAUGCAAAGGAAGGGAGUAAUGUUAUGAAUCAUACUUGA